AUGAAACUCGUCAGGUUUUUAAUGAAGCUUUCAAAUGAAACAGUCACUAUCGAGCUUAAAAAUGGAACUAUCGUCCACGGGACAAUUACUGGUGUGGAUAUCAGCAUGAACACACACUUGAAAGCGGUCAAAAUGACGGUAAAGGGCAAGAAUCCCGUGAGUCUGGACUCGCUAAGUAUUCGUGGCAACAACAUUCGCUACUACAUAUUGCCGGACUCGUUGAACCUUGACACGCUACUUAUCGACGACACUCCGCGCGAGAAAGUGAAAGCGGGUGCUCCUGCAGGAAGCGGACGUGGACAGAUAAAGUACUGGAGUGGAGGUGAGAUCGUGAGAUUUGGAGGAAAUGACAAGCAGAACUUGUCAGGACUACAGUUCCGCAUGACAGUAGAUGCAGCAGAUAAGAACUUUUCUUUUUUAAGUUAUAAGGGACUUCAUUUGCUUUACCCAUUUGAUAUUCAUAACAUGAUCGGUUGUAUAUAUGACAUUCAUGUAUUCAAAAUGACGCAACAAAACAAGCGCAAGACUGACGAGGCUACCGCCGAUGCGAACGCUAGCAACUUUCUUGAAGACGCACAGCGCUCAGUAGACUUUCUAUUCUCUUCAGUUGUUGUAUUACCAGGUGAUGAUGUAACCUCUACACUCACAAAAACUACACGUUGUGUGAAACUUGGUGCUGGACUUAAACAGUUACCAAACGAUCAGAUUAUAUGCACAAAUGCAGGCGUUCUCCGGUAUCGUCCUGCUAAUCGCUAUUGGGUUGAGUUCAAUCACAAGCGUUACGUUGCAUCAAUAGACGACGGCGUCAUUGGCGUUGUAACUGAUCGUAACGCCGAGUUCUACCGUGUGAAUAUUGGAGCUGCUGCAAGCGCUACAUUGGGCUCGCUAGCGUUUGAUGGUGCUACAAAGCGGAAUCGACCUAGCCUUCGUCUUGGAUCACUUGUUUAUGCUCGUGUGAGCAAGGUUAACCCAAAUGUGGAGCCUGAAAUUACGUGCGAAGCACCUCCAAGCGUUACUAAGAAAGACUGGAUGACUGGUUUGGCCAUUUACGGAGAGUUGAUUGAUGGAUACGUAUUCAAGACGUCCAUUGGCUUAGCAAAGUCGCUGCUGCGUGAAGAGUGCCAGGUGUUAGCGUCUUUGGGCAAGAGUUUGGCCUUUGAGGUAGCUAUUGGAGUCAACGGCGUCGUGUGGGUUAACUCGAAGACUACAAAGAACAUUAUAAUCAUUUCCAAUGCCAUCAUGAACUCGGAGACAAUGUCUCCUAGCGAGAUCGAUGCUAUGGUUUCUCGGCUUGUUGAAGAUGCCGAUGAUGCUUAA